AUGCGUGGAUUGUCCAUUGCCAAGUCGGCCCUCCUCCUGGCCACCGCGGCCAAGGCUGCCAACUACACAGAAUGGCUGGCCCAAUCGUUCUUCAGCAAAGGCGUCACCUAUUCCCGGAACUACGCCUACGCCGUCCUCUACACGGGCGUCGAAUACGCCUACAACAAAACCGGCGACCCAGCCUACUUCGACUACAUCAAGACGCAAAUCGACGGCGUGGUCAACGACGACGGCACGCUCGUCCAACCCAUCACAUCGACCCUCUCGCUCGACGACAUCCGCAUCGGCCGCAACCUCCUCUGGCUGUGGACCGAGACCGGCGACGAGAAGUACAAGAUUGCGGCCGAGGGACUCCGCAAGCAGCUUGACUUCACGCCGCGCAAUGCAGACGGCGGGUUCUGGCACCGCCGCCCGACGUACCCGAACCAGAUGUGGCUGGACGGGCUGUACAUGGCGUCGAACUUCUACGCGCAGUGGACGGCCUGGUUCCAGCCGCAUAAUACGACCGCGUGGGACGACAUCAUCCUGCAGUAUGAUCUCAUUGAAGCGCAUACCCGCGACAACGAGACCGGCCUGCUCUUCCACGGGUACGAUGCCAGCGGCGUCGCUGUCUGGGCUGACCCCAUCACUGGCGCCGCCCCGCACGUCUGGAGCCGCGCAGUAGGCUGGUACUUCGUCUCCCUCCUCGAGUUGCUCGAGUACUUCCCCAAGUCGCAUCCGGGCUACAAGCGCACCGUCUCGCGCUACCAGAGCCUCGCCCGCGCCAUCAAGAAAAGCCAGGACUCGUCCGGCGGGUGGUGGCUGAUCCAGGACCCGCCAUAUCCCAGCGAUCCCCGCAACUACAUCGAGAGCAGCGCCAGCGCGAUGUUCACGUACGCUUUGCUCCGCGGGAUCAGGCAGGGGUUCAUCCCGGCUAGGGAGUACAGGGGUGUUGCGUUGGAUGGGUACAGCCUUCUUCGGGACGAGUUCGUCUCGCGGAAUGCGAACGGCACGCUGAAUUGGGAGGGGACGGUGCAGGUGGGGAGUUUGAGCGGGAAUGGGUCGUUUGAGUAUUAUGUUUCUGUGCCGGUUGUGCAGAAUGAUUAUAAGGGUGCUGGGCCUUUUAUCUACGCGAGUUACGAGAUGGAGGCGUACUGA